UAAUGUCCUCCUCCUAUUUGUAAAAUCCAUCUACUUCUUAGUCUGAGUUGGAGCUAUACGAACUUCUCCACAUCCAAUCCAAGAUAGCUCCCGUCCAGCUCCCGUCCAGCUCCACUUCCAUACUUAGAGCUGAUUAGUCAUGCUAGGAGCUACGUAGCGCACGUCAUUUCAACAACAUCUGAUUUGAAGACGCCUUGUUUCUCAACGAAGAAAGCUUCAAAUUUAAAAACUAUAAAAGGCGUCUAGGUUUGGGGAGUUGUACAAGUAAACGUUCCCCGCAUCUAUGAACAUAAUUACUCCUCAUUUUGCAGUUUCUCGUGUUGCGAAGCGAUCGUUAUCGUCAAGUUUAAUUUCAACUUCUUCACAGUCUAUAAGAACUAAUUCGACCUGGGGAAAGAAACAACAACAGUAUAAAGGCAUACUUGCAGAUUCAGCACCGAGUCCCGUGAAGAAGCAUAUACAACAGAAAAUCAGGAUGGCUUCUAAGAUCACAGACUGGGUCAAGCCCGGAGACACUAGCGGCGAAUUCAAGCGUCUUAGCAGCUCGUUCCGUAAUUGGAUUUCUACGGAGCCUGGUGCGCAGUUCCCGCCUGAGAAGGGCCGGUAUCAUCUCUACGUUAGCUAUGCUUGUCCCUGGGCUACACGUACCUUGAUCGCGAGGAAGCUUAAGGGGUUGGAGGAUUUUAUCACCUUCUCCAGCGUGCAUUGGUAUAUGGGAGAGAAGGGAUGGCGAUUCCCUACCCCGGAAGACAAGGAUGCUGAAGGAGAAAACGUGAUCCCGGACCCAGUCCCGGGACAUGAGAAGUACACUCAUCUACGCGAGCUAUACUUCGCAGUAGACCCAGACUACAAGGGACGCUUUACAGUCCCCGUCCUCUUCGACAAAAAAGCCAACACCAUCGUCAACAACGAGAGCAGCGAGAUCCUGCGCAUGCUCGGCACCGUGUUCAACGAGCAGCUGCCGCCCGAGUUCGCCAAGGUCGAUUUGUAUCCCGAGGCGCUGCGGCCGCAGAUCGAGGAGGCGCACGAGUGGACGUACGAUCAUAUUAAUAACGGCGUGUAUAAGAGCGGGUUUGCGACGACCCAGGAGGCGUACGAGAGGAAUGUCAGGGCGCUGUUUGAGGCGCUGGAUAGAGCCGAGAAGCAUUUGGAGGAGACGGGGGGGCCGUAUUUCUUGGGGGAUAAGUUGACGGAGGUGGAUGUUAGACUCUUCCCAACACUAAUCCGGUUCGACCCGGUCUACGUGCAGCACUUCAAGUGCAACAUACGCGACAUCAGAUCGGGGUACCCGCGCCUGCAUGAUUACACGCGCAACCUGUACUGGAAGCAUCCCGCGUUCAAGGACACAACGAACUUCCUGCAUAUUAAGAAUCACUACACGCGUAGUCAUACGCAGAUUAAUCCCCAUUCUAUUACCCCGCUGGGCCCGCUCCCGGAUAUCUUGCCGCUUGAGGAGGAAGUGGAGGCUGUGAAAGCUGCUCUGGGGAAGAAGUAGAGAGGGCUUUGAGAUGGAGGAUAGUGGGGUAAGAUUAGAUAAAGGGGGAUUGAUACGAUACAUUCAGUAUUAAGAUUGAUGGAGGUGUGGCGUUUACUAUCAUCCAUCACUCCUUAAUAUGUAGUACAUUAUGUUCGCGGUAUCAUGUAUCUAAUUGGUUGGUUUUUGGACCUGACCUGUUGAAAAUUCAAUAAAGCCAAAUUACGUAUUAUUUUUACUUAGCUACAAUGUAAGGAGAAGCAUCAUUUUAAAUGGUAGGUGUUUUUGGGAAAGGGGCUAGGCUUUGUGGUUGUCCGUUUUAUCUUUGAAAAGAACACAAUUCAUUUCUGUGGAAUUAGCUUGAAUUAUUUUUAAAUAUUC